AUGCGCCUCGUGUGCCUUCUCUUUGCCUCCCUCGUGGACCUUGGCGCCGUUGCGAACCCCAUGCGCAAUCACUCAGGACAUCCCCUCAUAUGCCCCAGCCUAAAGACCCAAGAUCGAGGCUGUAUCCGCUACACGCGCGGGUUCGACAUCACAGGCGUCGUAACCGAAGUCGACCUGCACUUCCCGCAGAUUCGGACAGAAUGCGACUGUAUCCAGGCAUGCUUGAACCGGUCCAACACGUGUGCGAACUACGUUUACAAAUUCUCCACACCAGAGUCGGUCAAGUCCGGCCACCGCACAUGCACACUCUACUCCGAUUUCAACCUCCCGGCAAACGUGACCCUGCAGUUUGACCUGGAAAGCUCCAACAAUACUGAAAUCAACGCGUCAGAGAUUAUUGCUGAGGGCAAUAAUCCCCAUAUGGGCGGUCUCGUCUCACAGGCCUUCAAAGAUGUCAAUCUUAACACCACCUGCGAUCCCGAUGCCGUAUCUGGGCCCGUCUGGGCCCUUGAUAAUGGGCAAAUACAGUGCUAA